CGAGCGCCGGGCGGUUUCCAGGGUAACGGGAGCGGGGUCGGUGCUGGGCCCGGGGUCGGUACCGGGCCAGUGUCGGUGCCGGGGCCGCGCCGCUCCCGCCGCUCCCAUGGCCUGUCACGAUGCCAUUUCAUGGUACCAGAAGAAGAUCGGGGCCUACGACCAGCAGAUAUGGGAGAAGGCCGUGGAGCAGACCCAGAUGAAGGGCUUCAAGAACAAGCCGAAGAAAAAGGGGCACAUCCAGCCCGACCUGAUCGAUGUGGAUCUGAUCAGCGGCUCUACCUUUGCCAAAGCCAAGCCCGAAAUUCCCUGGACAUCGCUGACGAGGAAGGGAAUUGUGAGAGUGGUGUUCUUCCCCUUGUUCAGCCAGUGGUGGAUACAGGUCACUUCCCAGCGCAUUUUUAUGUGGCUCUUGGUGCUCUACGUUAUGCAAGUCGUAGCAGUGGUGCUGUACUUCAUGGUGCCUGCAGUGAGUGCCAGCGAGGUGAUGGGACCGCUGUGCCUUAUGCUGCUGCUGGGGACAGUGCACUGCCAGAUCGUGUCCACGCAGGUGAACCGAGCUGCAGGCAGCAACGGGCUCAGCCGGCGCCGCAGGAAGUUACGCAAGGCUGUGGGUGUGGAUGGGAACAGUUGGUGCUCUCCUGACAGAAGCAGCAAGGAGGAGCAGGCUGGCUCUGCAACUCUGCUGACCAAUUUAUCCAGUCUGCUCUUCCAGAGGAGGAAUAGAAGAGUAAAGCUGGUAGCUGAGAAAUGGACUGAGACAGAAAGUGCUGUGAGUGCUACAGGUGAUGGCAUCAAAGCCAGACAGGCCAGAUCUGAGCACAGGCUGCUGCACUCCAAAGAGAAAAGUAAACUUUCUGAUGGGGAGAGGAGCCAUCAGGAGGAUGGCACCAACAGGGACGGUGUUUCUGACGAGCUGUCGAGCGAGGAGGACGCUGAGGAUGCCGAGGCCGCGGCCCAGCGGCUCCUGCUGUGCCCCAGCAUGGAGGGGGCUUCCAGUGACAACAGCUACGAGGAGAAGAAGAGGAGGCCUCUGGUUUCUCUCAACCAGGCUGUCUCACAGUCCUGCACGGCCCCGAGUGCCGCUCCUCGGGCACCAGCGACAGCGAGGAGCGCUCCCGCAGGGACUCCCGCCGGGACCCCAAGGAGGACGUGUUCCAGCAGAACCAUCUGUUUUGGCUGCAGAACACCAGCCCAGCGUCUGCCAAAGUGAGUGCUCUGAUCUGGGAAGGGAAUGACUGCAAGAAGGUGGACAUGUCUGUGCUGGAGAUCAGUGGCAUUAUCAUGAGCAGGGUUAAUGCCCACCAGCAAGGAGUGGGGUAUCAAAUGCUGGGAAACAUCAUCACCAUCGGAUUGGCCUUCCUGCCAUUCCUCUACAGACUGUUCCGCACGGACAACCUGGAGCAGCUCUGCUCCAUCUCUCUGAUGGAGCUUCUGCACAUCUUCUGUGGAGCCCCUGUCAGCACCCCUGUGCUCAUCCUGGCUGCCAUCAACUUCCUGGAAAGGCUGUGCUUGACCUGGAUGUUCUUCUUCAUGAUGUGUGUUGCUGAGAGAACCUACAAGCAGAGGUUUUUGUUUGCCAAGCUCUUCAGUCACAUCACAUCUGCUCGGAAAGCCAGGAAAUACGAAAUCCCUCACUUCAGGCUCAAGAAGGUGGAGAACAUCAAGAUCUGGUUAUCCCUUCGCUCCUACCUGAAGAGACGAGGCCCCCAGAGGUCUGUGGAUGUUGUGGUGUCCUCAGUCUUCUUACUGGCUCUCUCAAUUGCUUUUAUCUGCUGUGCCCAGGUUCUUAAGGGCCACAAAACCUUUCUGAGUGCAGCUUACAACUGGGAGUUCCUGAUGUGGGAGGCAGCACUGCUCCUCUUCCUGCUGCGUCUGGCAUCUCUGGGCUCUGAGACCAACAAGAAAUACAGCAACAUUUCCAUCCUACUCACUGAGCAGAUAAACCUGUACCUGAAGAUGGAGAAGAAGCCAAACAAGAAGGAGCAGCUGUCUCUGGUGAACAAUGUGCUGAAACUGUCCACAAAGCUGCUGAAGGAGCUGGAUAGUCCAUUCAGGCUGUAUGGACUGACCAUGAACCCACUGAUCUACAACAUCACACGGGUUGUCAUCCUCUCUGCUGUCUCAGGAGUGAUCAGUGACCUGCUGGGAUUCAACAUCAGAUUAUGGAAAAUUAAACCAUGAACUGGCAGAACAUCAGCCCUGACCAUCUCCACCAGCCACCAGAGAAGAGAACCAGCAGAAAGAAGAAAACUGACAGAAAUCUGUAAUUCCAAUCUUUAAACAGAUUCCCAGUGUGUGCAUCAGAAGUUUUCUUUCUGCUUUACUGCUCUACAACAUGCAGAGUGAACUGGUCUCAUCAGUGGUGCCAUCCCAUGGCAAGCACAGAAAAACUGGAUUGGUGGGGCCAAAUGCUGGCACUGAGCCAGCAGGAGCUGUGUGGGACAUCAGACUCUAAAGCCAUACAAGAGCUGCAGUGGGGGACACCAGUCCUGUAAAACUGACUCUGGUUCUGUAAAACCUGGGCCUGGGCACGUGGCAAGGAGGCACUGAGCCCUCCUGGCCCAGUCAGCCUUGCUGGGGCUGCACUGGAAUGUGCCAGGCUGGGAAUAUUGGCUGCACUGAGCUGGCUGUGCUGAAGAGCUGUUCUGUCCUGAAAGCUCUGUGUGCUCAAGGCUUUGCCUCCCUCCUGAAGCACCCCAGGAUGCACCAGGUGAAUUCCCCUUCCCUGCUGCCCAUCCUGUGGGGGCUUGUGCUGCACAGAAAUCACUGAGGACAGUGGGUACAGGAGAAAAACCUCUCGACAAACACUACAGGCAAAGUGUUCAUGAGCUGGAGAAUGCUUUGCCACAUCUGUUCCCUGGAAUCCUCAGCUCCAUCCUGUCCUGCUCCAUGGUGGGGGCAGCUGGGGAGGAAAUCUGGGGGGGAAAAACCAGCUUUGACAAAGACUUCCUCAGGUCCAUGUUCAGAAAGGUCAUGGAGAGCAGGAAGACAUUUGAAGGCUUCUGUAACAUUUCCCUUCACUGGCUCCAGUGGCUUCUAUUUAUUAGUUGGGGAAAGAGCAAAAACUGAGGAAUUCUCAUUCCUUCACAGGAGGGUGAAAUGGCAGAAGAAUUUUUGGUAGUAAAUUGUUUACAGCUAUUUUAUGUGCAAGGAGAAGUUGUGAGAUGUAAAAGGAGGUGACAUUUUUAUAUAGCAAAAUGUCCAAAUAAACCUGCAGGACAAGCACUUCAUCAUUGCCAACGGUUUCUACAGCACCUGAUGAUUUUUAUACCGUAUUUUAAACAUGUUACUGGAAUGGGGGGUCAAGGAAACAUCCAAUAAUAAAUUGCAUUUGUUUUCCAGAA